CGUAUCUUUAUUCUUUAAAAGCUUUUUCUAAUGAUUAUAAUUUUCUACUUGCGUUUUGCCGACUUCUGACUAGUGAAUUGUGACUUAAAAAUUUAAAGAUUUCAUUCGGCAAUUUUUAUUUGUAGUUACCUCAUAGAAUAUUGUCGCUAUUAAAAAUAAUUAUUUUUGUUCAAUUGUUAGUUUGAAAACAGACAGCUUGUCGUUGAUUUAUUUGUCGAUAUUUCAAUAGUGUUCAGUUUUCAACUAUAAAUCGAUAUUAAGUAGGUGCAUACUAUACAAUAUACACUUACAACAGCAGUCAUGAGCGACGAUGAUAUUUGGCGUACUUCGAGUUUUCGACACAAUGUGGUCAAUAAAAUUGAUGAAGCUAUUGCUCAAUCAGGAAUGCCCACGUCAAAGAACAGUUUGGAAAUGGAAAAUCAUGUGUUCUUGAAAGCCAAAAGUAAAGAUGAGUACUUAAGCUUUGUUGCACGUUUGUUGUUACAUGUAGGUGGAAGAGAUAUGAGAGGUGGUAAUCAGAUGAUGAAUAUGAACCAAAACCCUGGUCCUGUAAAUGCAACAACAUUAUUGCAAACAUUAAACAAUCGACCACAAACUCAAAAUAAAUUACCUGGCCAAAUGACAAUGGGACCUGGUCCAAUGAACCAAGGUCCAAUGAGUCAAGGUCCAAUGAACCAAGGUCCACCAUUAAGACCUAGUGGACCUAUGGGUCAAGGACCAAUGAUGCAAAAUCCUAAUGCAGGUCCUAUGGGCAAUCAGAUGGGUCAAGUGCCUCCUAUGCCUAUGUCUUCAGUCAUGGGUGGUCCACCAAUGCAAAAUAUGCCUGUUCAAAUGCCUGUACAAGGGAUGCCUGUACAAGGGAUGCCUGUACAAGGUAUGCCUGUACAAGGUAUGCCAGUGCAGGGUAUGCCUGGUGUUGUUCCGAAUAAUAUGCCAUCAAAUGCUAUGGGUCGUAUGCAACCAAGAAAAAUGGCUGUUGGCCCAGAAAAUGUGAUGAUGAUUCCUAAUCAACCAGUCGUUGGAGGAUAUCCAGCUGGACCACCAAGGUCUGUAGGGAGUAAUCAAUUUCUUAGUCACAAUAGUCCUUCAUCGCCUCAACAAUCACCUGUUAAUGUUCUUCCGUCUAGUAAUCAAAUGAUUGGUUCACCAAGUGGUCCUCAACUAACUCCUAGUGGUCAAAUGAGUGGGCCGAUUAGAUCAAUUGGUAAUGUGCCAUCUCCAGGUAGUUCAGUUCCAUCAUUAAAUACUCCUAUGAACCCGUCAUCUAAUGCGGGUCCAAGUCCUCUUGCACAAGAAGACAUAGCAUAUAGAGAAAAAGUUAGGCAACUGAGCAAAUACAUUGAACCUUUACGAAAAAUGAUUGCACAUAUGGGGAAUGAAGAUGUUGAAAAAUUAAGUAAGAUGAAAAAGCUUCUAGAAAUACUAUCAACUCCCACCCAACGGAUGCCGUUGGAAACUUUAUUGAAAUGUGAAAUUGCUUUGGAAAGAUUAGACUUAAGCAGAGGAGAAGGUGGUAGUGUUCCUCCGCCACAAUCAUCUACCAUGAGAGAGGUGCAUCCAUUAAUUGAAGUGAUUGGGUCAAUGAUACAAUCACCAAACUUUAAUCAUACGCUUCACAGAACAUUUGCACCUUGCAUAGAAUUUAUGGUGGGCCAAAGACGACCUUUAUCACCACCACCAUAUACAGGAAAUGAAAAUUCCAAUGAAGUUCAAAGUAUCAUACCUAAAGCAUUAGAAGGGGAAAUUGCAAGACUCGAUCAACGUUUCAAGGUUUCUUUAGAUCCUGUUCGUCCAAGUGGAGUUUCUUGUAUCCGUCUCUUAUGUUGGUUGGAUGAUAAAAAUCUGCCUUGUGUACCCCCAAUUAAUAUCAUUGUUUAUGAGAAUUAUCCCCCUGCAAAUCCCGCAUGUAUAAUUUCGUCCAAUGAUUAUGGUGGCACAUCAUUUCUCAUGUGUGUUAAAGAUGUGUUUGAGUCAAGAAUGAUGUUGAUGCCAGUCCGUUUUACAGUGUCUCAUAUACUUGACUCAUGGGAAAUGAGUGUUAGGCAAGCAGUAGCUCUUUUACUUGAUAACAAAGAUUCAAUAGCCAAUAAUUGAAUGUGGUAAAACUCAUAUCUCCUGAACUCCAUAAAGUUAUGCUCAUUUUAUUUUGUUGUUAUUAUUAUUAUUAUUACUUUUAUUUGUGUAAGCAACAAUCCUUUGUAUUAAGUAUUUUUUAACAAUUAAUCAUUUUCUUUAAUUUAUUUUUAAUUUAUAUAGCAAAAAAAAAACAAAUAUGGGUAAAAAUAUAACAAACUUAUGAUCAAAAUAUGUUUUAACAUAAAUAAUAAUUAAAUAUUAAAAUUCAACACAGUUUUUAUAAAACCAUUAGUGCUGGUGAACUAUCUUCAAGUUUAUUAUCAUCAAAAUUUUUCUUUCACGUAUAUAAUUUGUUUUCCUUCAAUAAAAGUCUUCUAUUUUCAUAUUUAAUUGUAGUUAAGAGCAAAACAAGUGAAUUAUAUGAUUUCACUAUAUUUCAGGUAACAUACAAAGUUAUAGUGGUAUUGUUUUGCAUUUUCACAUUUUUUUUUAAGACAUUUACUCUCAUGUGUUAUCUCUGUCUUACUAACAUACAUCAUAGUAAAUGUUCAUUGAGCAGAACACAUUUUGUUAUAGCUUUAAUAUAAUAGUAAAUUUACCUAAUAUCAAAUUUAAAUGUUAAAAUAUUAUCUAUGAAAUUUCAUAUGCUUUUAUUGAUAUUAUAAUUUUAAAAUGAGUUAAAGCUAUGUAAAAUAUUACAACUUUAAUAUUCAUAACUCACUAUAAAAUGAUAAUAUUAAUAAAAGCCUAUGACAUUUCCCAGAUAAUAUUCUUACCCUUAAAUUUUAUGAUAGGUAAAUUUAUUCUAAUAUUAAAGCUAACAUUACAAAAUUAAUUCUGCUAAACAAAAAUUUCCCUAUUGUAUACAUGUAAGACAGAUAACACAUACGGGUAUAACGUCCUCUUACUAUGAGCUAUUUCGUAAUAUUUUUACCCAUACUUGGAUCUCCUAUAAUUAUUUAUUUAUUUGUUUUUCAAAAAAUUGUAUUAUUAAAUUGUUAAUUUACUGUAAAAAGUAAAUAAUUGUUUCAAAAUAAAAUAUAUACAUUUUGAUACUUA